UCUGUGACAUGAAUGAGGCUGGAGGUGAUGGAUCAUCGGUGGAUGAAGAUCAGAGCGUGUCUGGAGUUUCAGACGGAGUAGACAGCAAAGAGAAGGAUCCUGAUCUCAAUGAGAGCACAAAAACAGCAAGUGAUGGAGGAGUGAUGCCUGCUGGAAAAGCAAAGCUGAACAUUGUGCUGUGUGGACAUAAUUCAACACUUAAGAACUCAGUGUCUAAGAUGUUUAGAGGCAAACCAAGUAAAUCUCAGAAAGAGAUGAGUAAAGUGUGUCAGAUGAGAGAGGCGAUGAUUCAUGGACGUCAGAUCAAGGUAAUAGAACUUCCAGCUCUCUGUCGGCUCUCAGAGGAGGAAAUGAUGCGGGAGACUCUAAGCUGUCUGUCUCUCUGUGAUCCUGGAGUUCAUGUCUUCAUCUUUGUUACUUCUGUCUAUCCACUUACUAAUGAAGACAGAGCAGAAAUGGAGAAGAUUAAAGGAAUAUUUAACUCUAAUGAGCACCUUAUGAUGCUUUUCAUUACUGAACUUGAUCAAAGUGUCAGAGAGUUUGUGAGUCUUUAUAAGAGCCGGUACAGUGUGAUGGGGUUAAAGGAUCAGAGAAACUCAGAAAAGAUCUUAGACCUGUUUGAUCAUAUAGAGACCAUGAAGACUGAACCCUAUUCUCUUCAGACGUACAUGAGAGUUCCAGAGAAGAGAGUCAGACAUGAACUAGAGGGGAAAUUAAGAGUGAAAGACAAUGAAAUCAAAGAGUUACAUCAGAAGAUCAAGACACUGGAGUGCGUGAAGCUGAAUCUGGUUGUGUGCGGGAGUAACAGAGGAUUAAAAUCCUUAAUCUCAGAGCUGAUCCUAAAUCAGAGCGAGAGAAGAUCAGAUUCAGAGUGUGUGAGGAGAGACGUGGAGCUUGAUGGAUGUCAGAUCAGUCUGGUGGAGCUUCCAGCUCUGUUCAACACUCAGCUCUCAGAGGAGGACGUGAUGCGUCAGACUCACCGCUGUGUGUCUCUCUGUCAUCCUGGAGUCCAUGUUUUCAUCUUCAUCGUUCCUGAUGCUCCACUGACUGAUGAAGACAGAGCAGAAAUAGAGGAGAUCCAGAGGAUCUUCAGCUCAAGAAUCAACAAACACAUCAUGAUCCUCAUAAAGCAGAACUCAGAUCAUCAGGCAGCAGAACUAAAUGAAGAAACACAGUCUGCCAUUCAGAGUUUAGGAGGACGACAUCAUUUCAUUGACCUGAACACACAAGUGUCUGUGUUGAUGGAGAAACUGCAGCAAAUGGUUGAGGAAAACAGUGCUGUUUGUUUCUCCACAGAGACACUGAUGGAAGCACAGAUGGAAAAACUGCUGAAAUUUGAUGAAAUGAAGAGGAGAAUCCAUUCAUUAGAGACGUGGUUUCAAUCACAAGAUUUAAGAGAAAGAGAAGAUGAACUGAGGAUUGUGCUGCUGGGAAAAACUGGAGCUGGGAAGAGUUCAACUGGAAACACCAUCUUAGGAAGAAAAGUGUUUAUUUCAGACAUUUCUCAAGAAUCUGUUACUAAAGAGUGUCAGAAAGAGACAGCUGAAAUUAAUGGCAGACACAUUACUGUGAUCGACACUCCAGGACUGUUUGAUACUGAAAUCAGCAACAGCAUCUCAAUGAUCCUGCCUGGACCACAUGUGUUUCUCUUAAUAUUACCAGUGGGACAAUUCACUGAAGAAGAGGAAAAAUCUGUGCAAGUCAUUCAAAAGACAUUUGGUGAAAAUUCAUUAAAGUACAUCAUAGUGCUCUUCACCAGGGGAGACUUUUUGAAGAACAAAAUCAUUGAACAGUAUCUGGGAGAACCUGGAUCUACCCUUAAAAGCCUGACUGAAGUGUGUGGAAACAGAUACCAUGUGUUCAAUAACGAGACUAAAGACCAAACACAGGUGACUGAUCUCCUGCAAAAGAUAGACAACAUGGUGAAAGAGAACGGAGGGAGUUACUACUCAUGUAAGAUGUUCAGAGAGAUGGAGAGAGAAAUACAAGAACAACAGAAGAACAUACUGAUGGAGAAAGUGAAGAAACUGAACAGAGAAAGAGAAGAACUGAUGAACAAACAUGACAAAGAGAAAAAGUGGUUGAAGAUGAAGAUGGAGGACGAUCAUGAGAAAGAGAGAAAGAGAAGAGAGGAUGAAUACAAAAGAGACAUUAAAGACUUAGAGGAUCAAGAGAGAAAGUUGCAAGAGGAGAUGAAGAGAGAACGAGAGGAAUGGGAGAAACAGAAACAACAGGAAAGACAAAGAAGAGAACAAGAAGAAGAGAAAUGGAGAAAGAAAGAAAAGGCGAUGUUGGAUGAAUAUUAUCAGAGACUUAAACAAGAGAUAGACAGAAUGAAGAUGAUGAUGGAGGAAGAAAAGCAGAAUCAUGAUCAAGACAGAAAGAGAAGAGAAGAAGAUCAAGAAAGAAAAAGAAAGAAAGAGCAGGAAACAUGGGAUGAAUAUUACCAGAAACUUGAAAAAGAAAUAGAGAGAAUGAACGUGACGAUGGAGGAAGAAAGAGAGAAUCAUCAUAAAGAAAGAAAGAGAACAGGAACGGUAUAAAAAAGACAGACAUAUGAGAGGAGAUGAAGAGAGAACGAGAGGAAUAGAAGAGAAAAUGAACAAGUCAUCCUGGACACCUGUGUGACUAACAUAUUUUACUUACAUAAUCAUUGUGUUCUAAAACAGAAGCAAAUCAAUCCCGAGUAUAGAUCAUAGACAUGUAUGUGUAGUUCCAGUGCUAUGGUUGUGUGUAGAUUUAUAGA